GGAAGAUGUCGUUCUCUGGAAUCCCUGGACAGGCUGCAGUAAGAUGGCUGAUUUUGGUCCUGAAGAUGGCUAUCAACAGAUGGUCUGCGUCGAAGCAGGGGCAGUCUCUAGAUGGCACACGCUUGGCGCCGGUGAGAGCUUCACGGCAAGCCAAACGGUCACGGCGAUGCUCUGAAAACAGGAUUUCGCAGGGCUGUAAUGAGAAAGCGGCAAGGACCAUAAGCUCGUUCAUGGACAAUGUAGAUAAAGGCUAGGUAUCGAGCUUGUAUGACAUAUACAGCAUUAUUGCCAUGAUAGAAUGCAUCGACGCGACGCGCUUGCAACUUUCAAGCAACUCCACAAAUUCGCCGACAAAAACAACGUCAAAUUCGUUAACCCUGGCACUGCUGUGUGCUGUCCAAUGUGAUGGCCCUUCUCGUGCGCAGGCCAAGCGAUUGGUCCGUCGUCCUGUAGGUCCUCCUUCAAGCUUCAAAAGUCAAAAUGCUAACAUACACAGUCGCACACCGCAAGGCCAGCAAAUCUCCUAUGAUCGAUCCAAUCGGCGCAUUACAACCACGAUGCGCGCUACGUCGCGCCGUCCUAGUUUCGAGCACGGACAACGCACUUCAUCGCGCGAACUAUGUCCACUGUGUCAACAACCUUUGCGAGCGGAUGCGCAAGAUGUUGGCUCAAAUGCAAGUUAUGUCCAUCCAGAGUACUUUGGGUACUUGGCCACUUGCCUUGAGCAAGAAGAGAGUGUCUCUGACGAGAGAGACGCUGAAGACUCUACCUUCGACUUCUCUGAUCAUAUACGGCCCAGCGCAUUCAACGAUGGCUACUUUGACCGUUUCUUUGUCGUCGAAGGACUACUGGGACGCGGUGGACGCGGUGAAGUGAGCAAAGUGCGUCAUGUCUUGGAAGACUGCGAUCUCGGGACUUUUGCACUCAAGCGCUGUAGUGUCGGCGAUUCGCAUGCCUGGCUGACAAAAAUGCUUCGCGAGGUACAGAGUCUCAAGUUUCAGCAUGAGAACCUUGUUCGCUACAAUCACGUUUGGUUGGAGCAUGCACAGUUGUCCUUGCAGGGGCCACGCAUACCUGUUCUACACAUCCUACAAGAGCAUUGCAACGGCGGUGAUCUCGAAGCCUAUGUUUUGCGCCGUUGUGGCAAAGUGGAACCUACUGUGCAAGAAUUGAAAGCACGGCAUCGAAGGCAGUCACGUGGUGAGAUGGCAGAGGAAACUCUCGGUGGUAUGACUAUGGAUAUCAUCUUCUCCAUCUUCAAAGAUCUGGUCGCAGGCAUGGCUAUAUUGCAUGAACAGGAUGUCAUUCACCGAGACCUCAAACCAUCAAAUUGUCUUCUCGACUUUCGCGAUGAUACCCGUGCACCAUUACCCAGAGCCGUUGUGUCUGACUUUGGUGAAGCUCAAUUCGGACUGUCCAACAAUGCCGAUGCACGCAAGGGUGGCACAGGCACACUCCUCUAUACUGCACCAGAAAUUGUGCGUGGCGAGCCGUGGACGCAGGCUGCCGACAUUUUUUCUCUCGGCAUGAUACUCUACUUCAUGACACACGAGGGCCAGCUUCCUUACCUCACACCUGAGAGUGACUUCAACCAAUUGCGCACUGAGAUUGCCGAGUUUGCUGGCUAUGACAGCGAUAGGAGACAACCCCACAAAGAGCUCGACUUGCUCCUUUCAAAAUUGCUGGCGCCACAUGCGCUCAAUCGUCCGACGUGCAAGGAUUUGCUAUCGCUCGUGCAGUCUUCACAACGACCCUGGUCGACCUCUUCGACGAUUGCUGAUAUCGCAUUGCCAAGCACUGGGUUGCGCCGCUUGUCGAGCUUGCCCGGUGGACGACCUGCAGCAUUGCAGCACGAUCCUGUACAGCCACAAACCACUCAUGCCACUGAAAAGAGUCUGUCAACCGUUGGUCCCGGUGAAAAGCUUGCGCUGCUUGAGCCACAAGUGAGCGCGUCGUCGCUUACACCCUCUAAACUCUUCCAAAAUCUGUUCCCAUUGGUCCUGGUCAUUCACUUUGCUCUGGUCAGCACGAGGUGUAGUCCUGACGCUGUCUCGACGAUUGGCUUAGUCCUUCUAGCAGCAAGUGUAGGAGUGCUGACGCUUUGCCGGCAGCGAGGUAUGAGCGCAACGCAGAUCUGUGCGCUCAUGACUGCAUUAUUCAUUUUGUUCUGCUAUAUGCUGCCAUCGCGCUUGCUCUGUGUUUGAUUGCAGCGACACGCAACAGGCUUUAUGUCGGGGAAAAGCUAAUUUUGCCAUCAGCUAAUUGCUGGCGGACUCAAGACAGUUAUUCUUUGCGCAGCCACGGACACAUACUUGUCAAAUUCCCGUCAGGUGUUCAAUGCUUUUUGGUAAUGCAUUUCUGAUCUGAUUGCGGCAAAGCAGUCAUCGUCUUUUAUCUUGGAAGACAGGAUGUGUUGUGUUGCUUGACCUGAAUAAUCAAUACAUGAUCCCGGCGCCGACGAAUGUACUUUGCGGUAAAGGUUGAAUUGUAAGUCGAUUUCAGUUGCUAGAACAUCCACUAGCUGUGACGAGGACAGGGUUGGAAUGAGCAACCUCGCGCCCGUUUGAGAUUCAAGGCGAACGAAAUAACCUCACGCACCUGACCAAUUUGACUUGGUCUUCCCGUUGAAGUGUGCAUUGGACGUAUCCUAUC